CUCUACACUGUAGGCAUCGUGUCGACCAGAUUUCCGGCCCUGCGCAACAAGCGCAUCUGCCUGCUGAUCGCCCACCCGGACGAUGAGGCCAUGUUCUUUGCGCCCACCGUCCUGGCCCUAACACGGCCAGAGCUCGGGAACCACGUCAAGAUCCUGUGCCUCAGCAGCGGCGACGCCGAGGGACUGGGUGAUACGCGCAAGAAAGAGCUAGUCAAGAGCGGGCUCGUUCUGGGCCUGAGGAAACCUGAGGAUGUCUAUGUUGUCGACAACCCUGCUGACUUUCCAGAUUCCAUGACAACAACCUGGCCCACCGAAUCCAUCUCCUCUCUUCUCCGUGACGCCUUCGCACCAAGCCAGAAGAAACCCGACCAGCAGCCCACCGCAACCAUCGACGUCCUCAUCACCUUCGACGGGCGGGGCGUCUCCUCCCAUCCCAACCACAUCUCCCUCUACCACGGCGCCCGUGCCUUCGUCUCCUCGCUCACCGCUCAUAAGCCUGGCUGGUCCUCGCCCAUUGACCUGUACACCCUGACCACCGUCGGUGUGGUCCGCAAGUAUGCAGGUAUAUUGGAUACGUUGGCCACCCUCGUUCCGACGGCGUUGGCUGCAUGGCGCGGCGCCUCAUCCGCCACCGCCAAGGACCAUCCGGCCGCACUUGUCUUCAUGCACGGUUUGGGUAAUGGAGGAUGGCUGACGGCGAGAGAGGCGAUGACGAGGGCCCACCUCAGCCAGAUGGUGUGGUUCCGUUAUGGAUGGAUCACACUGAGCCGGUACAUGUUCAUGAAUGACUUGAGGCUAGAGAAGGUGUAA